CUGCGUCAGGAUUUUUCCGGAACUCGCCCACCUCCCGCUUCUAGUUAUACUAUUAUUUGUACAGAGAGAGGCUGUUUGACUGGAGGAAAUUGUGCGUCGCUGCCUCAAGCCGACACAUUUUUUGGAGUGUGCUGCAGAACGACGCCGUAACAGCUGCGCAUGCUCUACAGCUCACUAGCUGUUUGCAUGUGCCAGCGUCCUAGACACACGGGAAAAUCGAUUCGUUUUUUUCUGCCAAAAAUUUAGAUACACGCGGGCACAUCGUUGAAAUUUAAACUGUAGACAACAUCCCUUCCCAUUUCCGCUGCACGACUUUUUGCAUCACGCUCCGACCUUAAGCUGGCGCGACUUUUGCUACUGUUGAUGCACCACGCUGUGUGUCAACGGUGUCUUUCAAACUGUUAACAUUGUCGCAGAGAUUUUUCAGUGUUGCUUUUAGUACCCAUGGGACUUCUCGAGUGUGUCGUGUUCCCGCUAUUUUGCGCUGUUACCUCCGUCUCAGCUAGACUCAUGCGCGUUUCGUUCACGUCGCUAUUCGUGUACUUCGUUUUCCUUUCGACUCUUCCCUGCCCUCUGGGGUUCUUUUUGUCACUAUUCCGGUCUAUCUGACUCUGACCAGGAGUAUCUAAGCACGCUGUGAAGAGCCGCUUCUAACACACGGAUGCGCUUGUAUCGACGCCCAUGAAACUGCAGAGAGAUUUACCUGGUACAGUGUCUUUCGUUCCUCCCAGAAACUCCAGCUUGCCUUCAUCGUUUGGUGUAGCAGCCUUGCCCCAUGUGCUUCUCCAGUUGGCCAUUCAGGCGCUCUUUGCUUCCCGACACAUUUCCACCGCGUUGGACUGACAGCCCGUGUUGUCCAGCAGAGCAAUGAAACUUUCAUCGUUUCCGGCGACGACCACACGGGCCGCUCCCCGACAAACUAACCUUUUUUCUGUUGCCACGUUUUUCCGGUUUCAGGCAUGAAGAAAUCAGCUGGACCUUUCAUCGCGUCUUGGCGGCCUUUUGUAGGUCUGCCGGUCUCCCUAGAGCGAGGGAAGACGUUUUCACGUGUGCUCGGCAUCUGUACGUACACCCCAGGAAUACGGCGCCAGAUGCUUCUGUCGGGAGUUUCAGUCAUUCCACCGCCUUUGUCCAAGAAUUUUUUCAGGCACGCGCAUCUGACAGGUUUUUCGCCAUUUAGCUCUUCGUGUCGUCGUCUCUUUGCACAGAAUGAAAGUGAUGUUGCGCCCUUUGUCUGCCGUAUCCCAAAUCAAUCCGUCGCACCGGGCGACACGCAGUGGUCUGUGUCGCCGGUGGGAGUUCACUGUGAGCACUGGCUCAAAACGAGGUGUUUUCCUGGUUUACCGGCGGCGGUUUUUGGCUCACAUCAACAGGUCGAAGCCGCCUUGCUGCAGAGAGGCCUUUCCCCUGCAAAGGAUGCGUCAGAACGAGUCCGCAGCGCGACUGGCGAAGAUCUGGUCCGUCGGGAGAGGCCGACUUCAGAGGCUGGCUCUCAUCCCCCGCUUCCGUCUCGAUCGUCCGUAUCUGCUUUUCAGCUGAGAUCUCGUUGCGAUCCUGCGGUGUCAGGUCCGAGUGAUUCGGCCCCCUGUGGCUUGUCGCAGACUUCUUUCUCUCUUCGCUCUUCGUCGUCUUCGGGCGCCACAACUCCCUUUUCUGUGCCAGCGGUUUGCCCCGUCUUUCUGUGUCGGUCUCUGCCUCGCCUGUCCGGUCGUUUCUCGAGAACGCGAUUUGGAAAACAGAGGAAGCGAACCGAGGAACAAGAAGACUCGAAGGACUUUGACACCGGCCCUCUCUCGUCUGGUUCCAUCUUUACAGUCCUUGUAGGCUCUCUGCUCUUCUUCGACGUUCUGCGGAGUGGUCUGUACGAACAUCGGAAGCUUCUCGGAGCGUUCUUGAUGACCAACGCCGCUGUCUUCACCGGCUGGCGGCUCGCCGCUACGGCAGGGAAUGGAACGUGGUGGACUUUCUUGAUGCGCCACUUUGUGCUCUGUCGCGAGAACCUCGCAAGCGCGCGCAUUUAUACUUUCGUCACGUCCUCGUUGAGCCACAAGAGCACAGGCCACUUGAUUUUCAACUUGUUCGUGAUCAACCAGCUGUUUCGUCUCCUCUCCUUCGACCUCUCCGACCGGGACUUUGCGUCUCUCUUCGGCCUGGCGGCUCUCUGUGGGGGCUUGGGCCAUCUUUUGGUCUCCCGGCAGCCCGUCCUCGGCGCCUCGGCCUUCGCCUAUGCCCUUUUGUGGACUGAAGCGACUCGCCACUCAAGGGAAAUGUUUCGAAUUCUUCCGAUUCCCUUUUUUCCGCUCACGGCGCUGCAGCUCGUGCAGGUGGCGAUGUGCCUCGAGGCGGCGAUGGCCUUUCUCGCGAGACCGGCUUUUCUCGCGCGUUUCCCAGCCUCGCGGCUUCUGCGCUUUGCCCAAGGCAUCUCCUGGUCUGGGCACCUGGGCGGCCUUGCCGCCGGCUGUCUCUACAGUUGGUACAAGCGGCGCGUGGAGGGCGACCGAUCGUGGCAGAGCUUCUGGGAGCUGUGCAGAACUUACGGAACGUCGGACUGGCGUUUCACCUGGCAAGAUCUGAAGGCGUCCACAACGAUUUUCCUCCUCGAGUGCAAAGUUAUGUUGGCGUCGACGGACAAGGAACGCAGAGUCCUCAUCAUGCGCCUCGACAAGUUGAGACGAGAGAAGCAGCUGAGGCGCCAGGCAGUUUCCCUAGGCGGGAUUUUCCAUUAAUUGUUUUUUCAAUUUUCCCCCCAGGAUCUGAGCGAGAGACUCAAAUGCAUGCACCUGUCGAAACUCAUGCUGGAUCACCGCGCACUUGGUGAUGUAUUUAUAUAUAUAUAUAUAUUUAUAUAUAUGUAUAUGUAGAGUUUGUCUUUCAACUCUGGUGCGUACGAUUCCAAGCAUGGUGUAUAUAUGCAUACUUACAUGCAUGCGUUUAUGGGUGUGUGCUUUGGUGGGGUUCCAAGAAAAUGGGGAUGGCAGUGCGAAUGAAGAAAAGAAAGAAGAUGAGGGAGAGGAGCGGGGGCACGAUCCGCACAGGGAAGAGAAAGCGCGGAGGCAAGGCAACAGUGGGCGCCGAGGACCGGAGAACGGAGGAGUGCAGGAAGAGAAACGGAGCAAGGGAAGAGGAAAGUAGAGGAUGCUUCUGGCGACAAGAGAAGACGAGGAGUGAUCGAUCAGCUGCCUUCAGCAAUCCAUGCGGCGUUGGAGAGUGGGCGUCCUCAUCUCUGACCGGGGAUGAGUCAAAAGCUUCUUCUGGCGAGGUGGAAAGCUGGUUGAGAUCUUGAAGGUCAGAACGCGGGAGACGAUGGGAAGGCCGAAGUCGAAGGAGAGUCGGAAGCAGUGCUAAUGAAGAACGAGUCGGAUACCCGAGGACAUGUGGAGGAACAGGACAGCCAGCGGCGCGUCAAACUCUCUCGUGAAGGAGUCUUGUAGUGCCCUUCGACAGUGACCUGUCUAUCGCCUGCGCAGACACGAAAGGAGUAGUUAACGAUAUAUUUAUACACUUAUAUAUACAUAUGUACCUAUAUAUAUCAUCAUAUAUAGAUCUACAUACCUCUGUGUCUACAUGUCCUUGUGUAUAAAUACAUAAUUGGAUUCAUAUGUCUCCUUAGCUGCAAGUGUAUAUAGCCAUGUAAUGGCGUCACUCGCAGCCGGUGACCCGCCCGUUCUUCGAAUCUGUGUAUUCUUGACUGCGAGGUCAGAGUAGAGAGCUUUUCGAUCGUCUUUCUCGCUUGGGCAAUUCUGAGUCUUUUAAAGUGCACCACUGAGGCUGCAUGCAUGCUGUUGUUGACUCACAGCUGCGUGGACGUGAGAGAGAGAGAGCGCGUAAACGACAGACGACGUACUCUCGAGGGCCGGGUCGACGCCCGUUUCGCCUUUCCAGGAGAUUAAAUUUUACGUCGUGCCUGCCUGGAAGUGACUUCUGUGGUUCACAUGGAACGGAGCGUUUAAAAAAACCAAGUGCGCCUGGAGAACCAGUGCAUGCGCUGUGCUUUUCUCCUCGCCAGAACAGCCGCGCACAGGAAAUUCAUUCAGUGUCGC